AUGCCAUGUCUACAUGAACUUUUUGGGGUCCUCCCAAUCCUUGUAAGUUGUUCCAAGUUAACUCCUCCGACCAGGAGUAACAAGAGCAAGAUAUUAAAGGACGGGAACCUAAUAGCAGCCAAGACGCAAAAUAUCAAAUCCCAGCUUAACCGCCUAAUUCAAAACUCAUCCCGCCCGAAACCUUCUCAAACCUCGCCGGAAACCUCCAUCCUCGCCGCAAUCGCCGCCAACAACCUCUCCCAAUCCAUCUCCAUCCUCAAAUCCUCGACCUCGCCGUUCUCCGCUUCAACCUACACUCGCCUCCUCAACCUCUUAAACUCCUCCUCCCCCAAAUCCCUAAUCGAGGCUCGCCGAAUUGAGUCCCACAUCGUAUCAACCUCAAACCUCUCACCCCCAAUUUUCCUCCUCAACCGGGUAAUCGAGACUUACUCGAAUCUCGGCAGUCUUAAAGACGCUCAAGAACUGUUCGAUGAAAUGCCAGAUAGAAACACGGGUUCGUAUAACGCCAUUAUCACGGGCUAUGCACGUGAGGGGAAGAAUCCGGAGCGUGCCCUUUAUUUUUUUUCGAGAAUGAACUCUUUGGGUUUUGGAUACACAGGUGUCACUUUCGCGUCGGUUUUGAGGGCUUGUAGCGAUGUUUUGGAUUUGGGUCUCGCUAGACAAGUGCAUGGGAUGAUCGAGAAGUUAGGGUUUUGUGGUAAUUUUAUUCUUGAAACGGCGUUGGUUGAUGUUUAUGGGAAAUGUGCGGUAAUUGGGGAUGCGAGGAGAAUGUUUGAUUUGAUUUCAGAGCCUAAUGAGGUUACAUGGAAUGUUAUUGUUAGACGAUAUCUUGAGAUGGAAAAAAUGGAGGAAGCUAUUUGUAUGUUUUUUAGAAUGGUGAGUGAAGGUUUUACUCCGAUUAACCAUACAGUGAUGAGUGCACUCAAGGCUUGUUCGAGUGUUAUUGCCCUUGAUGAAGGGCGUCGAGUACAUGGGGUUGUUGUUAAAAUUGGUUAUAAAGAGGAUAACAUUGUUGAGAAUUGUCUUAUGGAGAUGUACUUGAAAUGUGGUGUUGUAGAAGAUGCUUUUAAGGUUUUUGAGGAUUGUGGUUCGAAAUGUAUUUUCUCAUGGACCAUGAUGAUCAAUGGCCAUGCUUCUUGUGGAGACAUGGACAUGGCUUCUAUGCUUUUCAAUGAGAUGCCAGAGAAAAAUGUGGUUUCUUGGAAUACUAUGUUGACAGGUUUCGUUAAGUUGUCUCGAUGGGAAAAGGGAUUGGAUUUCUUCUAUCGGAUGCGAAGGGAAACAAAAGAAAUGGAUGAAAUUACUCUUGGUUUGGUACUGACUAUUUCUUCAGGGCUAUUAGAUCUCGGUCUAGGGAAACAAGUUCAUGGAUUUGCUUAUAGGCAUAGCCUCAUUUCAAAUAUGUUCUUCUGCAAUUCCUUGCUUGAUAUGUAUACAAAAUGUGGGAAUUUGAGAAGUUCUGAGCUUUGGUUUGUCCAAAUGGACAAUCUUAGAGAUAGGGUCUCUUGGAAUUCUUUGCUAUCGGGUUAUGCUCGUAAUGGCAGGAGCGAAGAGGCCUUGAAUACUUUUCGUUUGAUGCUAUGGGAGACAAACCCCAAUGAGAAAACUCUUAGUGCAGUAUUGGUGGCUUGUGCAAAUGUCUUUGCUCUUGAAUUUGGGAAGCAAAUACAUGCAUACAUGUUUAGAAAUGGUUUUGAGGAUGUUGUGACUCGAGGAGUAUUGGUUGACAUGUACUCUAAAUGCAAUUUGAUAGACUAUGCAAUCAAAGUAUUUGAUUGCGAUAGCUCAAGGGACACUGUGCUGUGGAAUUCAAUGAUUUUAGGGUGUGCUUACAAUGGACGAGGUGAGCAUGGUCUCAAACUCUUCGAGACAAUGAAGGAGGAUGGAAUUAAACCUGAUAAUAUCACUUUCACUGGUGUUUUACUUUCUUGUAUCAGUGAAGGGUAUGUUAACCUGGGUCAGAGUUAUUUUGCUUCAAUGGUUUCAGAAUUUGGGAUUAUUCCUCGAAUUGAGCAUUAUGCGUGUAUGAUUGAGCUUUUAGGUAAGCAUGGGUUCAUGGUUGACCUAGAAGAUUUCGUUGAUAAAAUGCCAUUUGAGCCUACACUGCAAAUGUGGGUGAGAAUCUUUGAUUGUUGUAGAGAAUUUGGGAAUGACAGGUUGGGUGAAAGGGCUGCAAGAUGUAUUAAUGAGUCGAAUCCAACGGUUCCAGUUAGAUUCGAACUUCUCUCAGGAACUGGAAAUGAAUGAAACUAAUCACUUUUACCAUGUAUCUUGGUGACGAUUAUGGCACCGAAGAUUUCAAAGAGCAGAGACGCUGGAAUUAGAAAUGCCUUUCUGAAGUAUAUAUGCUCACCAUGAAAUAUCAUAAACAGAUGAAGACAAUGUUGCAGUCUCUCCGACGAUUGUUGAAGACGAGUUCUUGAUUAUGGUGGAGGGCAAUGUUACCUGCAGAUUUGUUGGUAAUUGCCUCAUCACCUAAUGGCAGAGAGGAAUAUAUUAUAUACCAGUACAUGAGAUACUGAAGAAGCUGAUACGAACAUUCGAAAGGAUAAAUCAUAAUUAUGUUUGAUCGGUUGCAGAUGAAUUACUUAAUGAUACUGCUGUCAACAAUGGGGUGAAUCGAAUUCAAAAGAUUGCUCUAUAAUGAUA